AUGGAACUGCAAAGUAAGUAUGCACACUACAUCAAUAUAUAUAAUGCGUUGUAUCAGCUGAAAACGGAAAAUGAAGAAGAAUUAAAUAAGUUUUAUAAUGUGAUCAAAACAGAGUUAAUUGAUUCAAAGAAACAUCUACCCCAAAAUAUAAUCAGGGAUAUUUUAAACAUCAUUCCGUACAAUAAUCGCUAUACAAAGUCAUAUUUGACUCUUGCCAAGCUCAUAACUGAUGAAUAUCAUGUAACAGAAGUCAGAGAAAUUUCAAAUAUUUCUAACUUCCUAUUUUACAAAGUAUAUGGAAUUAAAUUAGACAAAUUUGCGGAUUUCGGGAAAAAUAUUUAUCAAAGUCUCGAUAAACAUAUAAAAGACAAGAUUUAUCGAGCAAUUAUGUAUAAUGAGAAAGAAAAAUUCAUCUCAUUCACUGAAAAAGAAGGAUUUAAUAAAGAUAAAGAACUUAAAAGCGAAUUAUAUCCAGAAUCUGAAAAAGGAUAUUCAUUACUUGAAUUAUGUUGUUACCACGGAGCAGUUGAUUGUUUCAAGUUAUUAAGAACGAAAUUUAACUCAGAAAUAACUGAAAGAUGUCUCGAAUUAUCAUUUUUAGGCAGAAAUCAAGAGAUCAUGAUGGAAUGUUUGAAAUUUCACAAACCAAAUAAUGAAUGCAUGAAAUACGCAAUUAUUUCACACAACAUUGAUUUUGUUACAUACUUGAUGAAUGAAUACAAAUUGAAGAUUAAUAUAUCUUUUUGCGCCUAUUAUAAGAAUCUUAGCGCAUUUUUGGUUUAUUUCGAUAAAACUUAUGAUAUUAACAAUUGUUUAAAUUAUUCAGGUCAAUUUGAUAUACCAUCUCUUUGUGAACAUUUCCUUUCGCUUGGCGCGAAUGUUAACACAAAAAAUGAUAACGGAGAAACAGCUCUUCAUACCGCCGCACUUAAAAAUUAUAAAGAAACAGCCGAAGUUCUUCUUUCACAUGGUGCAAAUAUCAAUGAAAAAUGUUUUAUUGGAGAAACUGCUCUUCAUAAAGCAACAAAAAAUCACAGUAUUGAAACAGCCGAGCUUCUGAUUUUGCAUGGGGCAAAUAUCAACAUAAAAGAUAAAGAAGGAAAAACUGCUCUUCAUGAUGCUGCCUAUGAAAAUAAUAAAGAAAUAGCCGAACUUCUUAUUUCACAUGGCGCAAAAAUCAAUGAAAAAAACAAAGAUGGAAAAGCCGCUCUUCAUAUAACAGCAUGGAAAAACAGUAAAGAAACCGCUGAAAUUCUUAUUUUACAUGGCGCAAAUGUCAAUGAAAAAGAUGAAUUUGGAGAAACAGCUCUUCAUAAAGCAGCAUUUCAUAAUAGUAAAGAAACUGCCGAACUUCUUCUUUCACAUGGUGCAAAUAUCAAUGAAAAAGAUAGAUAUGGAAAUACUCCUCUUUCAUUUGCAAAUUCUAAUAAUAACAUAGAAACUGCCAAAAUUAUUCGUUCAUAUGGUGCCAAAUCAUAA